UUGGUCGUACGGUUAAAAAAAUAUAAAAUAAAAAUAUAAUUAUUUGUUUUUCAUUUGUUUCCAUUAAAAGUAAUAUCUGUUCCAAAUGUUCCGCAUUUUGGGGAUUUUUAGUAUUUUAUAUUCGCUAAAAAGUAUUCUGUGAAUUUUCGUAAAUGUGUUUCUGAUUACUUUUUUGGCGAAAAAUUUAUGUACAUAUAUUUGACGUGUGAUGCACACUACCGCAGCCAAUUGAAAAUGCGCCCAGAAUAGUUCUAAUUUGACACUCGGAAAUAAAGAUUUAGAGUGCGGCGUCGACGAAGAAGAGGACAUCGCCUUGGCGAUGUCACCGACCGGACAAAUAGCUAAGACACCAACACCACGGGACGAGGCAGAUGGUAGCGAUCAGCGGGAGACAUGGAGCGGCAAAGUCGAUUUUCUGUUAUCGGUUAUUGGAUUCGCAGUCGAUUUGGCAAACGUUUGGCGAUUUCCUUAUUUAUGUUACAAAAAUGGCGGUGGCGCCUUUCUAGUGCCAUAUUGCAUUAUGCUUCUGGUCGGUGGUAUACCGUUGUUUUACAUGGAACUAGCCUUAGGCCAACAUAAUCGUAAAGGUGCCAUUACUUGCUGGGGGCGCCUGGUGCCGCUCUUUAAAGGAAUCGGCUAUGCAGUGGUGCUGAUCGCUUUCUAUGUUGAUUUCUACUAUAAUGUCAUAAUCGCUUGGAGCUUACGUUUCUUCUUUGCCUCGUUCACAAAAGACUUGCCUUGGACGUCGUGUACAAAUCCAUGGAAUUCCGACUAUUGCAAACCGUUUGAAGCUCAACAAAAUACAAUACUUCCCAUGCUACCAACGAUGCAGCCACAAAAUAUUUCUACAAACAUUACCGAAAUUCCAUUCGAUAAUGAGUCCACAUUCGGCUACAACGAAAGUAAAACUUUGGAAACUACAACGACUACAGAGCGAUUUCAAUCAGCUGCAUCGGAAUAUUUCAACCGUUAUAUACUGGAAUUAAACCGCAGUACCGGUCUAGAUGAUCUCGGACCCAUCAAAUGGGACAUGGCCGUUUGUCUGCUGGUUGUCUAUCUCAUCUGUUAUUUCUCAUUGUGGAAAGGGAUUAGUACAUCGGGUAAGGUUGUGUGGUUCACGGCGCUCUUCCCCUACGUUGUGCUGCUGAUAUUGCUCAUACGUGGCAUUACACUGCCCGGCUCUGCAAUGGGUAUUAAGUACUAUUUGAAUCCAAACUUUGAUGCAAUCUACAAAGCGGAAGUGUGGGUCGAUGCGGCGACCCAGGUGUUCUUCUCAUUGGGUCCGGGAUUUGGUGUGUUAUUGGCUUAUGCAUCCUACAAUAAAUAUCACAAUAAUGUUUAUAAAGACGCAUUACUCACCAGUUGCAUCAAUUCGGCCACCAGUUUCAUUGCUGGAUUUGUGAUAUUCUCUGUUCUCGGCUAUAUGGCACACACAUCCGGACAAAAUAUAGAAGAUGUCGCCACAGAAGGGCCGGGUUUGGUGUUUGUCGUCUAUCCAGCGGCAAUUGCUACAAUGCCGGGCAGCACUUUUUGGGCGCUGAUAUUUUUUAUGAUGCUGCUGACAUUGGGUUUGGAUAGCUCGUUUGGCGGUUCAGAGGCCAUCAUAACGGCCUUGAGUGAUGAAUUUCCCAAGAUCGGCAGAAACCGUGAGAUUUUCGUCGCCAUUCUCUUUUCGCUGUAUUUCGUUGUAGGCUUAGCUAGUUGCACUCAUGGUGGAUUCUACUUUUUUCAAUUACUGGAUCGCUAUGCGGCGGGAUAUUCUAUACUCAUAGCCGUUUUCUUUGAGUCGAUAGCCGUUUCGUGGAUCUACGGCACAAAUCGCUUUUGCGAAGAUAUACGCGACAUGAUCGGCUUUCCGCCAGGCAAAUACUGGCAAGUUUGUUGGCGCUAUGUAGCGCCAUUGUUCCUACUGUUCAUCAUAGUUUAUGGGUUGAUCGGUUAUGAGCCGCUAACGUACGAAGACUACACCUAUCCAGUGUGGGCCAAUGCGUUGGGCUGGUGCAUAGCGGGCUCCUCCGUGAUAAUGAUACCUGCGGUGGCGGUUAUCAUGAUUCUUAAAACGCCGGGUAGCCUAAAGCAGCGCUUGAAAAUACUCACAACACCUUGGCGGGAUCAGCAGGUCUCAAUCAAUGGCGUAACAGCGGAGGCGACACAAGUGCGACUCACAGAUGCUAAAGAAGGUGCUGAAGUUUGAGAUCAGCCAUUCGCAAGAUUCAAAAUAUAUUAUGUCUAAUCGUUUGUUAUUGCUUUUACUCAUUGUUUUUCAAAUUGAAAAGUUGAAAGGUUGCAAUAUUAUUUGUGUAAUAUUGCAUGGCGUGUAAAUUUAAAUGUCACCUGUUCUUCACUAGUUAAUGUUCAUGAAAAAUUAGGGAAUUAGCUUUUAAGUAAUUGAUAGUGAAUAAAGUUGGUAGUCAAAUUAGAAAAUAUAUUAACUAAAAAUUUUGUACACUUAUACAAAUGCAAAUUUCACAAACAACGUAAUAUAUGUACUUAGGUUUCGCUCGCAUAACUGUUUGUGUGAAAGCUGCGCACCAAGCAAGUAGCAAGCAAACAAACAUGCAUACAAAUGUAUAAUGCAGCUGAAGUGAAUGUUAUGACAGUUUGGUAGACACUGGUAUCUAAGUAUUUGCUUUAGAGAGUAGACCGUAGGCAGUGAGAGACCCCAACCACAAAACUGUGACUUGUUUAAAAUGCAAAACAUCAUAUAUUGUUGUUAUAUGACUGAGAGAAACAAAAUAUGGAUUUAUAUUUAUUUAUAUUAAAUGCAUGAUGUUGCAUAAAGAGAUAAACGUGUAUGGAUUUUUGUAAAAUAAUUAAAAAUGCUGUGUAGAUAAUAUUAGAUUUGAAAUAAUAGAACUUUCCAAGCUACAAGUGUUGCAUAGAAGACAAAUUGUAUUCAAAAAAAAAAAAGAACUAAGUAUGUUUAAAUAUGCAAAUAUGCCACGCUUACCCCAGACAGCAGAAGUAGCUAGUAGAGAAAUGCUUGUUAACAAAUCCAUGUACAAUCAAAUAAUUGUUAUGCAAUUUUACUAUAAGCGUAUGAAUCUACUUGUAAAUCACGAAGAAAAUUAUGUUUGUAAAUUAAAAUGCGAUAGUUGAAGCUUUAAAUAAACCCCUUUUAACGGUGCACUCAAGUGCUGCUGUGCUCCUAGAUAAACUCAAAUCUUGUACAUAAAAGCCAAUCACACCAUACAAAAAAUAUAAUGAAAAUAUAGUAACAAAUGGUGUGUUGUUAGCCGCCAAUAGCGGAGACAUAACCCAAUGUUUCAGAAUGAGUUGAAGUGUUGCUGCAACAUGUUUACCACACAGCCAUGUAAAAAUGUUGCGCAGCGAGGCUGAAAACAGUUACUGAAGACCUGCGUAUUUGUAUGUAAAACUUGCUUUACUUAUAUAGGAAGCCAAAAGGUGAAUUGCUUUAAGGUUAAGAAAAUUAAAUGACCACAGCGAAUAAGAAAAUUGGAGGUCAGUAAAUUUAUUUACUAUAUUAUCUUAAUUUUAGUCGUUAUACGCGUAUGUAAGCGAAGCUAAAACCUUUUAGCAGCCAUUAAAAGGUUUUAGCAAUGAGUUAUAAUAAUUGAUUGUUAUUUACAUGUCGUUACUAGUACAAAAAUAAUUGAAAUUCUUACGAGGCGUUGUGGUGCGUAAUUGUUUUUUUUUUUAUAUUUCAACUUAAAAUUUAAUAUUUUUUUUUAGAUUUAUGUAUUUUCAAUUAAUUUUUUGUUAUGUGCAUACACACAUAUACCUCUGCUUAUAAUUCAUUUAUAAUUUUUUCAUAAAAUUUUAAGAAAAAAAUCAACAAUUGGCUUAAAUUAAAACCUUUUCGCAGCCAUGAAGAAGUUUUAAUGAGAGACAGUUGAAUGGAAAUUAAAAACAAAAAAUGUUAUCUAUAUUCUUUUGCAAUUUUAAACAUUCAUAGAAGCUUUAAACAUUCAUACAUACAUACAUACAUACCUGAUUAUCUACACAUAGUUAAACUUUUUGAUGGUUAUUUUGAAUGAAAAAUACUAAUCGCUUCACUUACCCUUUUUCAAAUUUUUACUCAUAUCGUUGCAGAAACACGUAUGCAUAUAACUGUAAUCUAUGUCAAGUAUUUUUCAUCAGCCUUGAAAAAUAUUUGACUACAGCUAACCAUUCAAAACAAAAAUAGAGUUCAGUUCUAAUUUUUUCUACUAAAAAAAAUCAAGUUACACCAAAGAAUAUUGCAAGAAAAAUACUUCAAAACAUUUUCUUCAGCCAUGAAAAUGUUUUGAACUCAAUCAAUGAAAAACAUUAACCGCAUUAUCCAGUUUUCAUCCAAAUAUGGUUAAUACACGUAUGCUACAAUAUAAGUUCAACAUACAUACAUACUUCUACAUAGAUGCACAAACAUGCUCAUGCUUAUAUAUGUACAGUUAAAUUUUACUUGAGUAUUCCAUAGGGAGGCUAUUUGCCUCCCAAAGUUAAUUAAUUAUUAUUUAUUCAUAAGUUUAUGUAGCUUAAUAUUCAA